UCGAGAAGUGAGGAUCGUGCUCGCCUGUCUCUCGUCCCUCUCGGGUGCUGGUUAGAAAGAUAGUUGACGAGACCGAGGGGGGUGCGGAGAACCGGAGAGCAGGAGAGCGAGCGAGAGAGAGGAAGAGGAGAACAUUUUCGCACGCGAAUCGCACGUCGGGGGGGAGGGCACGAGCUGUUAUACGGACCUGUCGUCGUAUCGAGAGGGAGAAAAACGGCGGCGAUCGUAGAGGAACAACACUUUUCGGGCGACGAUCGGGAUCCCGGGAGCUUCGGAGCACAGAUGGUGAGAGGAUCGUUACCUGAUAUCGCAGUGACGAUGGCAUCGGGCAGAGAGAUCCAUGGUGCUUUCAGCCUCAUCGUGGACGACGUGGACUCGCACUCGAUCCUCAGCGACGGCUCCGACCUGGAUGGGCUGUCGCGCGAGAGCAGCUCACAGAACUCCGUGUCGCAGACGCCGCUGGACAGCCCGGGCGGGCCGAGGGAGAGAAUCAAGCAGAUUCAGGUGGAAGCCGAGACCAGACGAGGCGAGUUCGCUAGGCUGCUGGAGGAGCACGCGCAGGUGGUGCGCAAACUGAAGAUGAUGGAAGCGGAGGAGCAGCUGUCGACGACGACCGGGAACGUGAUCGCCGGCGCGCACGCGUGAUUUUACGUGGUUGAGGGAAAAACGACGCCGAGAGUCGGGACCAUCGCGUCGACCACGAUGCGACCACCAUCGUCGCCACCGCCGUCGCCGUCUCGCUGCGUUUCUCUUUCGCCUGUCUUGUCGGCCGCGACGCAACGCCCGGACGAGCCACCGUCGUCGUCGUCGUCGCCACCGUCCACCACGAGCGACGCGUUCUCGCGAUUCGCAAUUCACGCUCGAGACGCGGACGACACCAACGUCGCUGGACCUGUGGAUUAUUAACCCUUGGAUGCGACUCGUGCCGCGGGGUACACGGAAGACAGCGACGGUCGCAUCUGAGGGUUAAUCGGAGUGAGGAGGGCUGUAUGGACUCGCAACAACUUCUCUCGCUGUUCUGUUUUUCUUUUCAUCGCGUUUCCGUCUUCUUUUUUCUCGUUUUCUUCGCUUUGCCUUCCUCGGACCGAAUCCGAUCGUGCCUCUUUGGUUGCUCAGCGAGGCUGAAGAUCGCGAGGCUUGCUAACAUAAGCUAAACUAUCCCAACGCAACGCGCAGGAUCGCUCCUUUUGAUUGACAUGACACGAUUAUCACUGCGAUUGAACGAAGAGGUUAUUAUUUUUACAUACUUAUGAACAUUCGAAUGAUGAGAGAGGAAGAGAGAGAGAGAGAGAGAAAGAGAAGAGGGCAAAGCUUGCUUCGCGCGCGCUAUUAUACGUUGUAAUCGAUUUAUAUCGUUUCAAGGAUUCGCGAUCGCGCGAUAAUUCAAUUAGCCGCGAUCGACAAUGCGCCAAUUUCGAAGCAACUUCGAUAAUUUCGACGAUUUUGAGAUGAAAAUCGCAGCAUCUCGAAUUUCCAAGCGGCCGAACGAGCGAGCUCGACGCGACGCUCGCGCGUCGAUAGUGAAAAAUCGACCGACGGGAUCCAAUGGAGAUUCGCGAAGGAACCGUAAAUAAUCACCCUCCCGCGGGAGGGUCGUUCUUAGCUCUCAUUUGCCACAAAGUCUGAAAUACCACUAGACACGACAAUAAUGAGGAACACUUAUGGGAAAAACGCGCACGACGCGCUGGACGUGUAUGCCGGAUGUUUUGCGUGAGAAAAAAGGAAAAAAACAAGUGGAACUCCCGCCCGUUCUCGAACUAGCUCAGCAGCAACGGCUGGCCUAAGCGUAGUACAAAUUUUGCAGUCAGGUCUUAAUAAAAAGGCGCGAGCCGAGUGGGCCGAGAGAGUUUCCGGUGUAAUCUCAGAAGCUGAGGCGCGACGACGCGA